AUGUCUUUCUCAAGUUCUGCCACUUCCUUUAUUUUCUCCAUAGGUGUUUUUUUUGUCAUUUCUAAAUGCCACUAUGAUGUUAAUGCUAGCCAAAUCAUACCAAAACUAGUUAUUGAUGCUAGUUCUGGAAGGCUUAUUCCAGAUACAUUUUUUGGAGCAUUUUUUGAAGAGAUUAAUCAUGCAGGAGCUGGAGGAUUGUGGGCAGAACUUGUGAAUAAUAGAGGUUUUGAAGCAGAAGCUUCCAUUAAUGGGACCUCAAAUAUUUAUCCAUGGACAAUUAUUGGAGAAAAUCAAUCAUCUAUUAUUAUAUCAACAGAGAGUUCUUCUUGUUUUGAGCGUAAUAAAAUUGCAUUACGUAUGGAUGUUCUUUGUCAUAAAAAAUCUUGUCCACAUGGUGGUGUUGGUAUUUCCAAUCCGGGUUUUUGGGGAAUGAAUAUUGAGGCAGGAAAGAAAUAUAAAGUAGUGUUCUAUAUUAGAUCACUUGCUUCAACUAAAAUAAGAUCUUCUGGAGUUAAUGUUACAAAGUGGAGUAAAAUGGAAACAAUUCUUGAAGCCAAAAUUACUAAUCACAAUUCAAAUCUACAAAUAACAACAACCAAAACAGGAGUAUUAUGGUUAGAUCAAAUCUCAGCCAUGCCUUUAGAUACAUAUAAGGGUCAUGGUUUUCGAAAUGACCUUUUUCAAAUGGUGGCAGAUUUAAAGCCAAAAACUUUUAGGUUCCCAGGUGGUUGUUAUGUUGAAGGAAAUUAUCUAAAAAAUGCAUUUAGGUGGAAAAAUACAGUUGGACCAUGGGAAGAGAGACCUGGCCACUAUAAUGAUAUGUGGAAGUACUGGACCGAUGAUGGAUUUGGUUAUUUUGAAGGGCUUCAAUUAUCAGAGGAUCUUGGGGCAUAUCCAAUAUGGGUGUUUAAUAAUGGUAUUAGUCACCAUGAUCAAAUUAAUACGUCUGCAAUUUCACCAUUUGUACAAGAAGCUCUAGAUGGUAUUGAGUUUGCUAUAGGUUCUCCUGAAUCAAAAUGGGGUUCUCUUAGAGCUUCCAUGGGACAUCCAAAGCCAUUUGAUUUGAGAUAUGUUGGAGUUGGAAAUGAAGAUUGUGGUAAAUAUAACUAUCAAGGAAAUUAUCUCGAAUUCUAUAAAGCUAUAAAACAUACAUAUCCUGAUAUUCAGAUUAUCUCAAAUUGUGAUGGUUCUCAAUAUCCAUUAAAUCAUCCUGCGGAUCUUUAUGAUUUUCAUAUUUAUACAAAUUCAAAGGACAUGUUUUCCCAAUAUACCAAGUUCGAUAAAGCACCACGAUCCGGUCCAAAGGCAUAUGUUAGUGAGUAUGCUGUUUGGAGUCAAGAUGCAGGUAAUGGAAGCCUUUAUGCAGCUGUCGCUGAAGCUGCAUUUCUCAUUGGACUUGAAAAAAAUAGUGAUGUUGUCAGCAUGGUUGCCUAUGCACCCCUCUUUGUAAACACAAAUGACAAAUAUUGGAUACCAGAUGCAAUUGUAUUCAACUCUUAUCAAAAUUAUGGAACUCCAAGUUAUUGGCUCCAACAAUUUUUUAUUGAUUCUAAUGGAGCAACCUUUCUUAACUCAACUCUCCACAACUCUUCUAGCUCAAUUGUUGCCUCUGCAAUUCAGUAUACAAAUUUUCAAGAUGGGAAGAACUAUCUAAAAGUCAAGAUAGUAAACUUUGGAAACUCAACUGAAAAUUUAGAGAUUUUAAUAAAUAAUUUAAAAUCAAAUGUGCAACAACUUGGUUCAUCAAAAGUGAUACUUACAUCCUCGAAUAAAAUGGAUGAAAAUUCAUUCUUCGAGCCAACAAAGAUUGUGCCCAAAAGAACUGCACUUGAAAAUGCAAGAGCAAUGACAUGA